AUGACCGAAGGUGCAAACUCGCCAACCUCUCAGCUGGACCCAGCUGUACUUGAUGGUAUUAUCCCAAAGAGUGAACGGGUCAUCAGCAUUGAAAAACAUGACACUUCAAGCUGGGCUGUGGUGGCUCGAAUUAACGUCAAAACAACGGAUGACUCUCCUCGGGCCUACUUCCUCAAGGUGUGUUACCAUUUUGUCACGCUCAAUUUGGAAGUCAGAGGUGAUUCUGAAAUUUUUCUGCAUCAGGUUUUGGCGACGGGUGAUGCCGCCGAGCGUGUUCUCGGCGAGUAUGUAGCCAUGAACGAGAUCUACCAAACCCUUCCCGACUUCGCGCCUAAGCCCCGCGGCUAUGGAAAGUGUCAGAACCAGGAGGCCCACUUCUUCAUUUGUGAUUUUCUAACAAUUUCCCACAAUCUCCCGGAUCCCGUUCACCUGGGUAAGAAAUUGGCGGAGCUGCAUCACAAGAGCCAGUCCCCGACUGGAAAGUUUGGUUUCCAUUGCACCACUUUUGAUGGAAAGCUUCCACUAAACACAACCUGGGACAGCAAUUGGACUUCGUUCUUCACAAAGCUGAUGAGGGACGUUUACCAGCUGGAUGUGGAAAUCAAUGGUUUCUGGAAGGAGCUGGAUGAUGCGAUGCAAAUCACCCUAGAAAGGCUGAUCCCACGGCUCCUCCACCCUUUCACUGCUGAUGGCCGCUCCAUAAAGCCUUGCCUAAUUCAUGGUGACCUGUGGGAGUCCAACAUAGGAACAGAGCCAACUACAGGAGAGAUUUACAUUUACGACGCUUGUGCGUAUUACGCCCACCAUGAGAAGGAAGUCGGUAUAUGGCGAUGCGAACAUCACCUUAUGAAGAACGAGGUUUAUCGCAAGGAAUACUUCCGCAACUACGAGCCCAGCGAGCCGAUCGAGGAGGCCGACGACAGAAACCGCCUUUACUCUGUUGAAACACUGCUCAUAAACUCGGCCCAUUUCCCAGGCUCUCAGACUAGGCAGCGGGCGGUGGAUGAAUUGCUAUAUCUUAUUAACAGGUUCCCUGGCGACAGUCUCUGA